UGGACCAGGUCGUCAUGGCGACAGGGCGCGCUGAUUGGGUCGCGUCGGGUAUUAGCUCAUGCUCUGUGUUGGAGAGAGAGAGGGUUCUUUUUUUGUGUGGGAGGCGGAUGAGUUCUUCGCUCUGAACAUUUCGGUUAAGAAAUAAACUGAAAUCGGUUUAGAUUCUAUUUGGUUUUAUAACUUAACGGGCCAUGUUCACCGACGAGGUGCAAGAGGCCGUGUCGGUGGAGUCGCGCUGGAGAAAAGCUCCUGAGCUCUGUGACGCAGUUUGUCAAACAGUGGCGGUUCGGCGUGCCGAAGCCUCAGUGCAGAUACGACGUAGCGCGGAGAUCAGUACGCAGACAGAGUCGUCCGACUGUCGAGACUGCCGGGUCCUGGAUCGCAACAUCGAGCCAUCGGUUGAUUUCCCGCGUCUAGUCAGUUUUCUGCGGCAAGUAGAGCCGAUGGUGAUCAAGGAGUUAAGGAAGAAUAUCCAGAGCCACGCGUUUGAUGGGUUUGAAGUUAACUGGAUAGACCAACCACAGACAGUUUCAUGUUUAUAUACCCUGCAUUAUCCAGAAGCCCGUGAGCGACAGCUGCAUGUUACUGGUGUGUCCUGGAAUGUAACUGGCUCUGUUAUUGCUUGUUCAUAUGGCAGGUUGCAGGAUGGUGACUGGAGCACAGAGAAGUCUUACGUGUGUACUUGGAAUCUGGAUCGGAGAGGGUUGAACCCAAACCGGCCAAACGUUGUGAUUUAUGUUUCCAGUGCUGUCAUGUGCCUGGCAUUCCACCCAACAGAACCUUCUUUGAUUGCUGGUGGGCUUUACAAUGGAGAAGUUUUAGUAUGGAACAGCAGUAAAACUGAUGACCCUUUAAUUGCUAGAUCAGGAAUGUCUGAAGACACUCACCGUGAGCCUGUUUAUCAGGUGCAGUGGAACCAGAGUUUGAGUCACAGUAACAGAAUUCAUAUUCUGAGUGCUAGUACCGAUGGAAAGAUUCUCAUCUGGGGGAUGGACAGCAAAGGUCAACUCAUACUGCAGGAUGGAUUUGCUCUUAUUGUUCAGCAGAUGCCACGUAAUGUCAAACUUAAGGUUCGUGGGAGCACUUCUUUUGGUGUGACUGCUCUCUCUUUCUCUCACCUGGACAAGACUGUAUUUAUUGCUGGUGUGGAGGGUGGUUACGUGCUGAAGUGUUCAACAGAGGUUCUGACUUGUGCAACACCGAGCUCUGGUUCUGUUCCAUUGAAAGCACCAGCUCAAUUUACCUUCUCCCCCCACUGUGGUCCUGUGCAUGCCGUUGCCUGCUCACCAUUUCACAGAAACCUUUUUCUCACUGCUGGCACUGAUGGACACGUUCAUCUGUACUCCAUGUUGCAGGCCAAGCCAAUUCUUUCUCUUCAGUUAUCUCAAACUUACAUCUUCGGUGUUUGCUGGUCUUCAGUCCGACCUCUAGUCUUUGCUGCAGCCACAGGAGAAGGAACUGUGUUGAUUUUUGACCUUGGGCAGAGUUCUCUUUGUCCCUCGAUUUCUAUUGAGCAGUGUGCAGAGAGCAAGCCAGUUUACUGCCUGGCUUUCAAUCCAAAACAACCACAGCUUCUUGCAGCUGGUAAUGCAGAAGGAAGUGUCAAAAUCUGGCAGCUGAAUGCUGAACUGAUGAAGCAAGGACCAAGAGAGAUGAUUCUACUCGAGCAACUUGCUAAUGAAGUGGCAGAUUGACUGACUAAAGACCUAGUGAGAUGGGCUGGAGAACAUUUUCCCCAACUCUCCAGCAUUUCCAGGUUGUACAUCAUGAACUGAUUCAACAUAUUUUCUUACAAUAUUUAAAAUUUUAAUAUUAGUCUGUUGAAAGUUUAACACUAGAACACUGUAUUCUUAUUUUUUUUAAUUCAGCUGCAAAGUAUUUAGGAACAAGAACUGUAAUUCCUUAGCCCUAGUAUACAUGGGCUGCAACUCAGGAGAAACUGAAAACUGGGUAGCAGUUUUGAAUUAGGUGUUCCUAUCCAGCAUUGCAGAAGAUUCACCAAUGCCUGAAUUUCAUUGAUUUCCACUUGGUUGCAUGUAUGUCCAGUGAGAAAAGACACCUAAGGUGUUUUGCAGGGAGGAUUUUCAGGUGAUUGGGGCAGUAAAUAUCCUUGUAUAUCUACAUAUUUUUCAUUAGAAGUGGAACCCGGGAACCCACUUUCUUCACAACUGCAACCUACCCCCCAAAUCCCACUACUGGUGAGUAAAACACUAUCCAGCAUCAUAAUGACAGUACUGUUAGCACUUUCUGUCAGUUCAUUGUAAAACUGAAAGUGGUUUAACAUAUUGCUUAGUUGCUCUGUGAUUCAGCUGUACUAUGUGCUGCUUUUCAGUCUUUAAUUCAACCAGUUUCUCUUGAUUGCAUUGGUGAUAAUUGGACUUGCACUAAAAUACCCUUUUUUUAAAGUUGCUUUUUGGUAGGAUUAAGUAUAAAUGACUUUUCAGUGGUGUAUUAAGUGAUAAUUACAGCUAAAAACAAAAAUAUCUGAAUUGUAAUUUUCUUGCAAUUCAAGAUGUAAUAAUUUUAUAAAAUUAUUAAAUAUUCCACCUUACUUGUGUGUUUGUGUUCUAAGCUUAAGCUGUUGAAUACUUGAUAAUAGCAAUAAUUGUGGUUUUACUAGUUAUUUUGCUGCUUUUUGAUUGGAUUGGAUUGGGUGCUUAUCCAACCUCAUGACAUUGUGACUGUUGGAUGCAGUUGAACAUACAACACUGCCUGGCAGUAAUAGUGAAAAAGAGGUUCUUGCUACAAGGAUUGCUAAAUUUUUGUGAACAGCUUUUGGGUAAGUCCAUUCCCUUCACUGCUGUCAGGUCAAUGUUUCUGGGUUAGACUGGUUGCCUUGGCUUUGCAGGGCAGACCAGAACCACCACUUGCCCAUCCAAGUGUCCUGACUUGUACUGAUUUGAAUUUUAAUUGUUCUUUGAUCAGUUUUGUUGGAGACUGGGAAGCAGUUGUUCUGCCCAUAUGAUGGAAUGUCAUAGAUGCUAGGACAUGGCAGUAAGGAAUUCACACACUGAUAUCCUGGAACUAGGAUGAUUCAUCGUCAACUAUCUCAGCCAUCUUUCUUGGUGCAAGGUAUGACUUCAGCUAAGUGGUGUUUGCUUGCAGCCUGUUGAGUUUGGUUUUAGCAGGGCUCCCUGAUGCCACACUCAAUCAACUGCUGCCAAGAUAUCACAAGGGCACUUGGCUUCAAUUAGCUCCUUGGUCCGCAUUUUGAUCAUAGCUCUGAAGUCGACAGUCAUGUGCUCAUGGCAAAAGCCAAAGUGGAGGAAUAGGUGUUUGAUGUUACUGACCAGUGUUAUCUUGGAAGGAUCUAUCCAUCUUAAUAAUCUUGUUUUGGCUUGGUCUGAGCUUGAGUUUGCUUAUCUAUUGCAAUACCUACAAACUUAGUGGGCCCUUCUCCCCACUGGUCAGCAGAUAAAAUGCAAUGCUGUCCUCUCACUAGCAUCCAACAAGUGCUACUUUCCAAGCACUAACAGUGGAAGGUAAGCCCAUUGUACCCGUGCUAGUUCAUUGAAUUUUGCAAUAAGUCUAAUUUUUCCCUUCAAGCUAUGAUUUUCUCCCUUCAGGUAGCCACUUUUAAAAGUUAUUUAAUGUGCUUCCACUACUGUUUCAGGAAGUACAAGAUUAUUUUUAACAAAUAGUUCACUAUUUUGGUAAGUUGAAGUGAAAUAAUAUUUGAUUAAUUUAUUAGUGCUCUUUGUAGAAAUAACAUCCUCUGCUUAAAGGGAAACCUGUGAAUGUACUAUACUGAAAUUUCCAGGAGGCAUUUGAUUAGAUGCCACAAAAGGUUGAUAUGCAGAAAUUCAUGCCUUAGGAGGUAAAAUAUGGACAUGAAUAGAAAAUUGGUUGGCAAACAGGAAUCAAGUGAUCAUGUGGAUAGUCAGAGGCUUUUUCCCAGGGCUGAAAUGGUUGCCACAAGAGAACACAGGUUUAAGGUGCUGGGGAGUAGGUGUAGGGGAGAUGUCAGGGGUAAGUUUUUUUACUCAGAGUGGUGAGUGUGUGGAAUGGGCUGCUGGCAAUGUUGGUGGAGGCGGAUACAAUAGGGUCUUUUAAGAGACUUUUGGAUAGGUACAUGGAGCUUAGAAAAAUAGAAGGCUAUGGGUAAGACUAGUAAUUUCUAAGGUAGAGACUUGUUCAGCACAGCUUUGUGGGCUGAAGGGCCUGAAUUGUGCUGUAGGUUUUCUAUGUAAUAGCCAUAUUGCUAAUGACAAAGAUAGACAAAAAGUAACUUAUUAAGAGGACACAAGGCUACAAAGAAGUUAGAUGAGUAAAUGGAGUAUAAAUGUAGGAAUAUGUGAAAAUUAUUCAUUUUGACAAGGAAAUUUAAAGUAUUAUUUAGAUUGUAACUUGGAAACUAAUGUAGGUGUCUUUAUAUAAUUUUAAAAAAGCAAUCAGGAGAGCUAACAGUUUGUUUUAGCAACAGGGUAGUUAUACUUCAACUAUGUAACAUUUAAUGAGACCACAUUAGGAUUAUUGUGUAAAAUGUCUGUCUCCUUGUUUAAGGAAGAAUAUUAAUGUGGUGGAAACACUUGAUUUAUUGGGCAUGGCUGAAUGGGCAGGUUAUCUUACGAGGAAAUGGUGGCUCGGCUUGUAGCUACCGAAAUAAGGAGUAAGAGAUGUAAUUGAAAUGAAAAUCUUGCAGGUUUUUGAUAAGGUGGAAUGGAGAAUGUUUCUUUCAGAAAAUCUAGAAUGAGAUCACCCACUUGAGACAGAUGAAAAUUAGAGGGUUGACUUUGGAACACUGACAAAAGACUUCAAAUAUCUUUUAAGACAGCAGUAGAAGCAAGGAUUACUGGGAGGAGUAGGCAGGUAGGUUAACAUCAGCUGUGGAUGAGUAACUUUUCCGAAUACAUAGCAGUAUCUGUUAAUUGAUGAGCUUGUGUUACAGGAAAAUGUUGCAUUAAGCAAACUCAAAUCAAAGUGUUUCCUAUUGGUUUCAAUGUAAAAACAAAAGCUAGCUGCAUUCCAGAACUUUAGAAUUUAUCAAAGAUCUAAUCACUUAAGUAUUUGUACAAAUCUGAAAUAACACUAGCAAUUAAAUCUUUAAAUAUUUUACCCUAUACAAGAUGUCUCAUGCAUGUAUUCUCACCCAUAUUGCUUUUACUAGCUAUCUCUCCCCUUCCUGAUCUUGUACUUGGGCAUCUGUAAGUGAAUGGAUGGCAA